CAGCAGAUCUGCGCGCGCGGAGUCACCUCUGAUCAUCACAGCAGCUCAGCAGCGGCCUCCAUUUUAACUCCGACACCGAGUCGUGCCUCACGUGUCCUGGGCUGUCUCUCUCACAUGACCCGAGUGUUUGUUCCCGUGAUCAGCACUCCCAUCUCCGUCUGUGACACCGAAUAUCACUUUUUAUUUUCACCCUGAUGGAUAUGCUCGAACAGAGUCUGGACACUGCAAGUCAAGAAAAGCAAGAAGAAGAGGUUGUCCGGGUAUCUGAAGACGGAACAGGAGAAGAGCAGACGGCUGUAACUAUAGCCAGUGUUCAGCAGGCUGCAGCGUUUGGUGAACAUAACAUACAAUAUCAGUUCCGCACUGAGAGCGGCCAGGUGACGUACCGUGUCGUGCAGGUGACGGAUCAGCACCUUGACGGAAGAGAAGAUGCAGGAGGAGCUGUGAGCGUCGUCUCAACAGCUGCUUUUGCUGGCGCUCCUCAGGCUGUAGCUCAGGCUGUGAUCCAAAACCCUUUCAGUAAUGGAGGAAGCCCAGCAGGGGAGGCAGUGGGAGGGGAGACCCGCUUUGCUUAUUUCCCCGCAACUGCGGUGAGCGACGGGACUGUGUCAGUGCAGGCCGCUGCAGACCCUACCCUCACACAGGCAGGGGGUCAGUUUUAUGUGAUGAUGACACCCCCUGAUGUCAUUCAAACAGGAACACAACGAACCAUCGCCCCACGCACACAGCCCUACUCUGCAGAUGAAAACGAGCUGCUGCAACGUGAAGGUUUAAACUGGAAAAUGGAUGGACCCCGAACGCCUCGAGAUGAAAGAAGGAGAGCGCAACAUAAUGAAGUUGAAAGACGGCGAAGAGACAAAAUCAACAACUGGAUUGUCACGCUUUCUAAGAUGAUCCCUGACUGCAGUAUGGACAGCACCAAGACUGGAGCCAGCAAAGGAGGCAUCCUGUCUAAAGCCUGCGACUACAUCCGUGAGCUGAGGCAGAAUAACCAGCGACUCCAGGAGAGCCUAAAGGAAGUGGAGAGGAUACAAGUGGACAAUGAGCUGUGCAGGCAGCAGAUCGAAGAGCUGAAGAAUGAGAACGCGUUGCUCCGAGCACAGCUCCAGCAGCACGGCAUCGAAAUGGUCGGAGAGACGCCGCCGCAGUAAGCGAGAUGAAAAGAGCGGGGACGAGCGAACACCACUCGAAUGUGUAACUGACACUGUGGAAAUGCGGGCGAGAUGAUU